AUGGAAGCCGAAUUUCAUGAUUAUGAAAAUAAUGAAAAAUGGCGAAAAAUUUUCAAGAAUAUGAAUUCAAUGUCGCAAAUAUUUUCAAGUAAAGAAUCAAGAAAAAUUGAGAAUAAACCAUUGAAUCGUUAUACUGAUGUUGUACCAUAUGAUAAGACUCGUGUCAAAUUGGAAAGAUAUAAUUUCAAUUAUAUAAACGCAAGCCAUGUAGCCGUACCAUUAGCUAAUCGUAGAUAUAUACUUACACAGGGUCCCUUACCAAAUACAUCUGGUCAUUUUUGGUUAAUGGUUUGGGAACAAAAAUCUAGAGCCAUAUUAAUGCUUAAUAAUCUAAUUGAAUGUGGUAAUAUUAAAUGCCAUAAAUAUUGGCCCGAUGGCCAAAACCGGAAUGAUGUUGAUGAGCUAUUUUUCGAUGAUGUUGGCCUAAAAGUUAAAGUCAAAUCGGUGGAAAAAUUUAAUUUUUAUAUUCUAAGAACAUUUAUCCUAAGUGAUUUACUGACUGAAACUUCAAAAGAGAUUUUACAUUUUCAUUAUACAUCAUGGCCAGAUUUUGAUCUACCACGAAGUUGUGAUUCAUUUUUAGAAUUUUUAUCUGCCGUUAGGCAAUCAGGGUGUUUGGAUAAUAUCGAUGAACAACAUGGACCACCUGUAAUUCAUUGCAGUGCUGGUAUCGGAAGAUCAGGAACGUUUGUUUUGGUCGAUUCAUGUCUUGUCAUGAUAGAGAAAAAUAAAUGUCGAGAUUCAAUCAACAUAAUUGAUGUAUUAUUAGAUAUUCGUACAUAUCGUAUGGGUCUUAUUCAAACAUCUGAUCAAUUACGUUUCUCAUUUAUGGCCAUAAUUGAAGGCUCGAAACAAAUGAUCAACAACGACGAAAUGAAGCAUCCUAUUCCACAACAACAGCAACAAAAACAACAGCCAACGAAUAAUAUCAAAACUAAUACAUCAUCAAAUGUCAAAAUCAAACGAUCAUUCGGUAUUGUCGAUGAUAAUGAAGACUAUUCAGCCAAUAUUGACGAUACUAACAUUGUUUUUAAUCAUGAUACAAUCCUCUCGGAUAACAAUGUUAUUAAUGAUUCAUCUGAUGAUCAAGAUGAUGAUGAUUAUGAAGAAUUGAUAAAUGAAGAAGUUGUUGAUGAUAAUGAUGUUGAUGAUGAUGAUAAUCAGAACGCUGUAAGAACUACUAACUCAACGCUUCCAAAUAAUGAGUUAAGCAGUAAAAUCGAUAAUACUAAUGAUAAAAAUCACAAUGAUAUUGAUGAUGAUGGGCUACUAAUACGGCAAAGGAAAAAAGAACGUGAAGAAAAACGACGUAAAACAAUGGAAACAAUACAACGUAUAAAACGAAAACAAAAAGAAAUGGAAGAAAGGUUAAUGUUUUAUCAAAAAAUUAAUAAAUAUUUCAAAACAUUUUCAUUCUGUUUCGGUGUGGCCAUCUGUAUUGGGCUGGCUAUCUAUUUUAAAAAACAGAAUGAUGAAAAUUUCUCUAUCGUCGAUAAAUUAUGAUGAUAAUUCUGUCAUUUCUUUUCCAACUAUUCAUAUAUUCAUUUCUGGUGCCUUUUGUAAAUAUGUAUCUUUUUAUUUUUCUCAAAGGAACAACUACCAACAACAAAAUUAUACAUUAUUACUAUUACUAUGACGUAU